AUGGGCUCUACUGCUCCCAAAGGAAAGGUAUUCCUCACUGGCGGAAGUGGCUUCAUCGCAUCUCAUAUUCUCGACCAACUUCUUUCCAGCGGGUAUGAAGUAGUUGUUUCCGUCCGAUCUGUCGCAAAAGGAGACGCCAUUAUUUCUGCGUUGCCCCAAGAAUUCAAAGCAGCCGCCUCAUAUGAAGUCGUGGAAAACAUCGCGAAGGAGAAUGCAUUUGAUGAGGCCAUUAAAAAAAACUCUACCAUUGACUUCGUGAUUCAUACCGCGUCUCCGUAUCACUUCAAUCUAGAAAACCCUGUCAGAGAUUUUAUCGAUCCCGCCGUCAAGGGAACAACCGGCAUUCUACAUUCGGUCCAAAAGUAUGCGCCAACAAGCGUGAAACGAGUUGUGCUGUUGUCUAGCACGGCAACGAUCACGAAUCCGCCUAACCACCCCGAAGUAUAUACUGAAGAGAUAUAUGGCGAGACGACUUGGGAGCAAGCUAUAUCCGGCACUGGCACUUAUCGUGCUAGCAAGAUCUAUGCUGAGCGUGCGGCAUUUGGAUUCAUCGAAAAAGAAAAGCCCUCAUUUGACCUAGUCAGCAUCAAUCCAUGUCUCGUCUUUGGACCUCCACCCAGACAUCUCUCCGGUCUUGAUGCCCUCAAUACCAGCAACCACCGUAUCCGUGACCUUGUGCUUGGCAAGAACCGAGAAGAAAUCACGCCGACGGGGCCUUUGUUCCUCUUUGUUGACGUACGUGAUGUCGCGGAGGCGCAUAUCCGUGCCAUGGAGCUCCCGGAAGCGAGCGGUCAGCGUUUCAUGCUUGUAGGGGGAUUAUUCAGCAACAAACGAAUUGCAGAUGUUAUUCGUGAGCUCUACCCCGAGUUACAAGAUAAGCUCCCACUUCCAGAGCUUCCAGACGAUUUUCCGGAGAACUACUACAGCUACGAUGUGAGCAAGUCAAAGCGUAUGCUAGGUAUAGAAUACAAAGACUUGCAGACUUGUGUCAAGGACGCUGUUGAUACCAUGAUCGGGAAGUCAUGA